AUGGCCUCUGCUAUGCCUGACAAAGAGAGAGCUGCCAAGACCUCCCUGGAGGUGAAGGAAGAGGAACAGCAGGAUGCAGUAAAUCAGGUGGCUAACCUGACCUUGGUGAGCUCUGCCUGUGACAUAGUUUCUACAGCUUAUGCCUCCACUAAGGAGAGCCACCCCUACAUCAGAUCUGUGUGUGAUGCAGCAGAGAAAGGAGUGAAGAGUGUGACCGAAGCCACAGCCAGCUGUGUGCAGCCAGUUCUGACUACACUGGAGCCUCAUGGUAAUCCCCUGUGGAAGGGCAGGUUUGCACCUGCCUGUGAGGGACUCUCUCUCCUUCCAGCUCUGGAAGGAGUCCUAGGAUGUGGAAAUGUACCUCUCCAUCACGUUGCUGCAGCUAGUGAGUAUGCCUCCAAGGGUUUGGAUAAACUAGAGGAAAAGCUCCCACUCCUUCAAAAGCCAGUGGAACAGAUCCUCUCUGAUACAAAAGAGCUGGUAUCAUUGAAAGUGGCUGAUGUGAAGGAUGCUGUGAGCAGCAAAGUGACAGAGGUGAUGGAUGUAACUAAGGAGACUCUUCAGAGCAGUAUGGAGGCUGCCAGAUCUGCAGUGACCAGUGUGGGGAUGGUUAUGGACUCCAAAGUGGGCCAGACGGCUGUAAGCAGAGCAGAAGCUGUGCUGGGGAGAACAGAAGACAGCUCUCUCCCUAUUGGAAAUGAGGAACUAGCCAAACUGGCAGCAUCUGAGGAAGGUGCAGACAUAAUGUCUGUGGAGCAGCAGCAGGAGAAGAGACAGUACUUUGUGCGGUUGGGGUCUCUCUCUGAUGAACUUCGCCUGUUUGCCUACCUGCGCUCAACAGACAAAAUGAAGCAGGUCUGGCAGGGCAUGCAGGGGGCCCUUGCACAGCUUCACUGCAUCAUUGAACUGAUUGAAGUGUUUAAGCAAGGAUUUAAUCAAAAGGUUCAGGAGGGGCAGGAGAAACUACACCAGAUGUGGCUGGACUGGAGUAAAAAGUCUUCUGAAGAGAGUGGAGAUAAAACACCUGCAGAGGCAGAGGAGAUGGAGUCUCUGGCCCUGCUCAUGGCAUGCAGUAUCACACAGCAGCUGCAGAUCACCUGCUGUAAAAUAGUGUCUGCAAUUCAAGGCCUUCCCUCAAGCCUUCAGGAUAAGGUGAAACAAUCUCUCAGUACCAUAGAGGAGCUUCAUGCUUCUUUCUCAGUAGCAAACUCCUUCCAGGACCUGUCCAGCAGUGUCCUGAGCCAGAGGAAGCUGGCUGUGAUCCAGGAGUACAUGGAGGAGCUGCUGGACUACCUGAAGAACAACACACCUCUGUCCUGGCUGGUGGGACCCUUCUCCCCCAGGGAGGAGGAGGAGGAAACCUCCCAGGAGCAUGAGCCCUUGCAGGAGAAGGAAGCAGAGACAGCAGGAACAGGGCAUCAUGAAGCCUCUACCACCCUUGUGUAA